GGAGAAACAGACCACCAGAUCGAUCGAGACCUCGCCGUCGUCCGGCAGGGUUAAUUUGGUUCUUCUCCGGCCGGGUGUGCAUGGCAAAACGACCCACGGUGCCCAAGUUCGGCACCUGGGACAGCGGCGAUGCCGGGUACACGGCCUACUUCGACAAGGUGCGCGAGAACAAGGGCGCCACGGCGCCGCCGCUGCGCCGGCCGCGCAGCCCCAACGACCCCGACCCCGACCGCGAGCCCGAGCCAGAGGAGGGGCCAAUGAGGAGAGUCCCCCCGCCGUCGUCGUCGAGGCCGGCGACCGCAGGAGGCCACCGCGAGCCGCCGCCGCCGGGGCGGCGCCACGGGCAGAGCCACCGGCGAACGGAGAGCAGCGGCAGCGCGCCGUCCGACCGCCAGAGCAAGUUCGCGCCGCCGCCGCAGUACUACCAGCAACAGCAACGCGCGAGCCCGCAGCAGCAGCCCCGUCAUCACCACGGCGGCGGCGGCGGCCACCAGCAGCAGCACCCCCCGUCCGCGCACGGGCACGGCCACGGCCACGGCCACCGAGCUCCGCACGCGCACAGGCAGCACCACGCGGCGCCGGGGCCACGGGCGCGGUCCGCCUCGCCGCAGAGCAACGCCCCGCGGGCGUCGGCCGUGCCCAGGUUCGGCGUGUGGGACGAGCAGACCGCUUCGUCGGCCGCGCAGGGGUUCACGGUGCAGUUCGAGAACGUGAAGCGGAACCGGGAGGUGGCCAGGUCCGGGGUGCCGGCUGUGCCGCGCGUGCCGUCGCCGCCGGAGGGCGCCGCGCUGAGGCGCGCCCAUCAGAAGACCCCUUUCGUGUCCAAGAUGUUUGGAUGUUUCCUUCCCACCACUGCAAAAGGCUGACAACGAUGCACGUAUAUAUGUAUAUGUAUAUCUAAUCUUCGCACACGCAUCUCGUUCCCCGUACGUACGUGACCUGUUUUAAUUUUAUCAGCAGGCUACGAGAGCGUGUUCUUUCUUUGAUUCAAUAUAUUAAUUCAGUUGCUUGUGGU